CAAGAGGUCACGGCCCCCGAAUGACCGAAGUCGUUUUCAGAUUUAAAUCUGGCCGCCUCCCCGUCGCAAUCGGAGUCGAGGCUCCUUUUCUACUUCUCUGGAUUAUUAUUCCUAUUCCCUCUUCCUUCGAUCCCCGGCUUCCUCUAUCGUUCUCUGCUCAUUCACAUGGAAGCAGAAGUCUGCAGACCCAAUCUAUAGGCUGGUAGGGAGAAGACUACAACAACAUCUAGUGCAGCGUACUUGGUAUAGUAUAUAUAUACUUUACAGAUCAAACCGCCGCGUAAACUACUCCGCCCAAAAUGGCAAAGAAAUUUUUGGGCCUCAAUGGCACCAGACUCCAGAUCGCCAUCGGCGUCUUGGCCGGCAUGGAUUUCCUACUUUUCGGAUACGACCAGGGUGUCACCGGUGGUCUAUUGACGCUGGACUCAUUCCGCAAGUACUUCCCCUCCAUCGACACUACCGACGCCCACACGGCAGGCUGGUCAGCCGCCGAGAAGAGUGCCCAAUCGACCCGCCAAGGUAUCACCGUCGCCGCGUACAAUUUGGGUUGUUUUGCAGGCUCUAUCCCCACCAUCUGGAUUGGUAACAUGCUCGGUCGCCGCAAGGCUAUCUUCAUCGGCUCUUUUAUCAUGGUUAUCGGGGCCCUGCUGCAGUGUACCUCGUACGAUCUGGCUCAGCUGAUCGUCGGUCGUCUUGUCACCGGCUUUGGCAAUGGCAUCAACACUUCGACCGUUCCAACCUGGCAAUCUGAAUGCUGCAAGUCGCAUCGUCGUGGUCAAAUGGUCAUGAUUGAAGGUGCUAUGAUUACCUGCGGUAUUACCAUUAGCUAUUGGAUCGAUUUUGGGUUGAUGUUCGCCGAUCCCAACGAAGUCGCCUGGCGUUUCCCGUUGGCGUUCCAGAUCUUCUUCGCUGCUAUCAUCCUGGCCUUCGUUAUGUUCCUCCCUGAGUCGCCCCGUUGGCUCAUUUUGAAGGGUCGCGAGGAGGAGGCCCGCGAUGUUCUGGCGUGCUUGAUGGGCGACGAUACCGACGAGGUCUUCCUCGAUACUGAGUUCACUGCUAUCAAGGCGACCGUUUUGGAAAUGGCUAAGGGAUCUUUCCGCGACAUGUUCACCAUGGGCGAAGACCGCCACUUCCACCGUACUAUGUUGGCCUAUGUCAACCAGAUGUUCCAGCAGAUCUCCGGUAUCAACUUGAUCACCUAUUAUAUCCCCACUCUGCUCGAAGGCCAGGUCGGCCUGACCCCAACUCUGUCGCGCCUCAUCUCAGCCAUCAACGGUACCGAGUACUUUGCUGCCUCGUGGGUGGCUGUCUUCACGGUUGAGAAGUUUGGUCGUCGCACUCUGAUGAUCUUCGGCGCCGUCGGCAUGUCUCUGUCUAUGGUUGUGUUGGCCGUGACUGAUAGCAUUUCCGCCGCUAACCCAAAGACUGCUCUGGGUACUCGCGCGGGUAUUGCCCAGACGGUGUUCCUCUUCGUUUUCAACACUUUCUUCGCAAUCGGCUGGCUCGGUAUGACUUGGCUCUACCCGGCCGAGAUUGUGCCUCUGAAGAUUCGUGCCCCGGCUAACGCCCUGUCCACUUCUUCGAACUGGAUCUGGAACUUCAUGGUCGUCAUGAUCACCCCCGUUGCAUUCACCAACAUAGGCUAUAAGACUUACAUUAUCUUUGCCGUUAUUAACGCCUUCAUCGUUCCCGUGGUCUACUUCUUCUUUCCUGAGACGACCAUGCGCUCCCUGGAAGAGAUGGAUCGUAUCUUCCACAAGACAACCAACAUCUUCGACUGUGUCGCGGUCGCCCGCAGCGAGCCGCAUAUGUACGGUCCCAACGGUGAACUGCUUCGCACUCUUGACGAUAUCGAAGAUGAGGCUGUCCGCCGUGCAAGUGUUCUCAGCAACCCCUCCAAACGUGCUACCAACAACCACCAUGAACACAUUGGUGAAAAAGAUAGCUCCGGAAACUCGAGUGACGAGAAGUAAGCCCGUCGCUAGCUUUUGCACGCUCCAGUAUAGUAAAAUCGUCGGUUCCAUAUAUGGUCAUUCCGUGACGAUUACGCGUGUGCUAGGAAACAAUUUUCUGUAAUGACUCUAUUCAUGUUGGAAUUCUUGUGGUUUGAAAACUGUCCAAUACCCACGUUAGACUGAUGUUUUGCUUCAUGUGAUAUGCUUAAUAUACUGCCCUUGGUGAUCUUCACCAAAUAUACUCUCC